GGAGCCGGGAAUUUGCUCCGUGGCUGAAACUUAUUAGCCUCAGACUGGGCGCCUUUGUUGAUCUGUCUGAAGCUUUCUAUUGUGAGCUUUGUCCCCGGGAUUGAUACAUUUACAUAAUGGAUUAGCAUGUAACUCUGUUCUGAGGAUUUGGAGGUGGCAGUCGGCUCCAGGAACUCCGCGACUACUUGAUUGGGGUAAAAAAAAAAAUCCAUAUUCCCUCUGCAUCCUUCCCUUCCUUACCCACCUCCAGCUACCUGUUUUCCGUUGGCCAGCAUAUCGACCUAUUUAGAAUGCAGAUGUACUCUGAAAAGAAAUCCAGUGUCUGAGUGCUUGUUUCCGCCCUGGUGCCCUUUCCUCCUCUGUGAAGUCCUCAAGUCUCAUAAACCUUUACUGCCUUCCCUUUGCACCUUUAAACUGUAGCAUUUUUAAAGGAAAACUCCCAAAGCGUAGAAAAACAAUUGUGGUCGUUUACCCGGCACCUUAGAGUUCAAGCCUGGAACAACACAAUGUAACGGUUCUUGGGAGGCAGUACUAGGUUAAGGGAAUGGAAGUGUAAAUUUGAAAAUCUUGGGAAACUUCACUACUAAAACUGUCAGUACAAUAGAGGGGUGUGUGUGUGUGUGUGUGUGUGUGUGUGUGUGUGUGUGUGUGUGUGUGUGUGUGUGUGUGUGCGCGCGCGCGCGCAACUUUUCUGAUUUUAAUGCACGACACACGAUCAAUGCCUCCUUAACGUGGUUACUGGUCAGAAAAGGAGUGAAUACACCUAUAUUGUUGUACUUAUCUAAUAUUACAGGGAAAGAAAUAGCAACAAGAGGCAAGCUGGUGCAGUGGGCAGAGCUCUGAACCUGGCUUUCCCUAGCAUCAGAAAUCUAUUCGCCAGGUGACUUUCACCAGCACAAGAUAGUACCAAAGCACAGAAACUGAAGAGGGUCUCAGGAAGAAAGACCAAGCUGUCUUUGGCCAAGUCUUUUGUCUCCACUGGCACAGAACUAAGAGGCGUAGUGACUUGCCUAAAGUCACCCAAGAGCCUCUGCAUACAUAUUGGGUAGUGGGACCAGAAAGGCCCCACAAGGUCGCCGGACAAGGGCCCGGAAAACCAGAUUCGGAGGGAGUAGAGCCGUACCACCCCAAAAGAGAACUCGGCAUCCCUCCCUUAAAAGAUGAAGAACCCAAUGCUGGAGGUGGUGUCCCUGAUCCUGGAAAAGCUGCUUCUCCUCUCCAACCUCAAACUGUUCAGCUGGAGCGCGGCCCCCGGGGAAGAGCAGCCGCCGCCGCCGCAGCCGCAGCCGCAGCCGCAGCCGUCGCCGCCCCAGUCGCAGCAGCAGCAGGGCAAGGGGAACUUCUAUGACAUCGGCUCCUUCCUCCGCGGCGACGUGCUGGAGGUGCCCCGGACCCAUCUGACCCACUACGGCAUCUACCUGGGGGACAACCAGGUCGCUCACCUGAUGCCCGACAUCCUGCUAGUGCUGACCGACGACAAGCUGCUGACCCAGCGGGUGGUGUCCAAUAAGAGGUUGAUCUUGGGAGUCAUCUGCAGGGUCGCCAGCAUUCGAGUGGACACGGUGGAGGACUUUGCCUACGGCGCCAACAUUCUGGUCAACCACCUGGAUGAGUCGCUGCAGAAGAAGGCGCUGGGCAACGAGGAGGUGGCCCGCCGGGCAGAGAAGCUGCUGGGCAUAACCUCGUAUAGCCUCCUGUGGAACAACUGCGAGCACUUUGUGACGUAUUGUAGAUACGGUGCCCCAGUCAGCCCCCAGGCAGACAAGUUUUGUGAGAAUGUGAAGAUAAUAAUCCGGGACCAGAGAAGUGUCCUUGCUUCAGCCAUCCUGGGAUUGGCAUCAAUUGUCUGUCUAGGCUUGGCACCUCAUACUACUCUUCCCGCCAUCUUUAUUCCAUUCUGCUUAUGGAUGGCUGGCUAAACAUAGACCAACCCUGUGUCAGUGUGUGUAUUCCAAAUCUAUGAUAUAUUUAUCAGUAUAAGCAUUGUGUAAAGAAAAAAAAAAUGUGACCUGUAACAUUGUGUUCUGGAUAAAGAUGUGAUUAAGAAUCACACAAAGUGCUUACUGUGUAAAGCCAAAGAGCCAGGCUGGCUUUCUGAAUCUUUUUCAGGCAGCUAAGUUUUGUAAAGCACCUCCCAAACCUUGGAAACACAGCAUCUUGUGACCAAGUGCUGUAAAACUACUUUCUUACCAAGACGGACACAACAACACAGAAGAGGACUGGUAAUAUUUUUUUUUUCUUGCUCUCGUAAUUACUGCUCUUUUAUGUCAGGCCUACAUUUGAGGGUUAAAAAGGUUCUGAUGUCUAGUGCAAACUGUUACUCUCAUUACUGUUGUAAGUUCAAUGUAGGUUAUAUGAAUGAGACAGGAUAAUAAACUAAAAACCAUUCCCCCGAUUCAGAAGGAAACGUCCAUAUGUUUUUCAUUAUGUUUUCUUUUCUGUUAAGUGUCCCUGCAGUCAAUUGAAAUCACUUGAGCUUGAUAGAGGAUGUAGGUUUGAAGUAAUUUGGUAAGGAGGCCUAUAAAUAAAGCAUGCCAACAUAUCAAAGGGAAGAUGAACAUUCAGAAUGUAGCUUGUUCAUCCUUCUCAUAAUAGAACCAAGAUGGAAACAAAUUUGUGGAACGAUGGUACCCGUAUACCUUUGUUUGACCGUUCAUGAAGACGGUGCUUCUUGAACCUUUUGGUUAACCUAGGUAACAAGUCCUGUUGUGGUUUUGUUGUUUGUUUUCAGUGGUGUUGGACUCUUGGUUACCUCAUUUGGGGUGUUCUUGGCAAAGUUACAGGAGGGGUUUGCCAUUUCCUUCUCCAGCUCAUUUUACCGAUGAGGAAA